UCAAGUUAUGGAAAUAAUUAAGGGCAAGAAACAACCUCAUGUAUUGGCCGUGCCAUUUCCUGCGCAGGGGCACGUUAAGCCACUAAUGAAGCUAUCCCGACAAAUAGCCAAACGCGGCAUUAAGGUAACGUUUGUCAACAUCCAAUGUAUACACGAAAAAAUAGUCGCUAAUAAUAAAAACAUGUCGGGUGAUAAUAUUAAUCAUAAUGAGGAGGAUAAUAUAAUCCUGGCCUCGAUCCCGGAUGGAAGGAGUCCGGAAGAUGAUCCGAACGACACUUUCAAGCUGCUGGAAUCACUCAGGCACAGUACGCCUGGAUUUGUGACGGAAUUAAUUGAAAAAAUUAAUAUUUCGAAUCCGGACCAGAAAAUUAGCUGCCUUGUUGCUGAUAUUACAAUGGCCUGGAUUUUCGAAACUGCCGAGAAAAUGGGAGCGGUGCCUGUUGCUUUCUCGCCGCCUUCUGCUGCUGCUUUUGCGCUUGUGCUUCAUACUCCGAAACUUCUACAACAAGGAUUUCUUGACGCAAAUGGAAGCGUCACGAAAAGUGAAACAAUCAGCCUAUCGGAAAACGUACCCACGUGGCAGAAAAAUGAACUCACCUGGAGCUUCUCCGGCGACCUUCAAACACAGAAGAUCUUCUUCGACUGCUCGAAAAGAAUCUCUGAAACAGUGAAUCAAGCCACGUGGCUUCUCAGCAACACCUGCUACGAAAUCGAACCCUCCGCCUGCGAUUUGAGCCCUAAUUUGCUCUCAAUCGGGCCAUUACUCGAAUCCCCAAACCCUAAAUCCCCUCCAAUUUCCUGCAAUUUCUACUCCGAGGACGAAUCCUGCUUAGCCUGGCUGGACAGCAAACCGCCCGGAUCGGUGGUUUACGUUUCCUUCGGCAGUUUAGCGGUUUUCUCCCAGCAGCAGCUGGACGAGCUGGCGUUCGGGCUUGAGAAUUCGGGCCGGGCUUUUCUGUGGGUCGUCAGGUCGGACCUCGCGAACGGGUCGCGGGCCGUGUACCCGGAUGGGUUCCUGGAUCGGGUGGGGGAGGUCGGGAAGGUCGUGGAGUGGGCCCCACAGGAGAGGGUUCUCUCUCACACCUCCACUGCGUGUUUCGUGUCGCACUGCGGGUGGAAUUCGACGAUGGAAGGCGCGGGCAACGGGGUGCCCUUUUUGUGCUGGCCGUAUUUCUCGGAUCAGUACCAUAACCAGAGUUACAUUUGUGAUGAGUGGGAGAUUGGACUGAGAAUCGAACCCGGAGAAAAUGGGAUACGAACAAGGGAUGAAAUCAGGGGCAAAAUCGACAAAAUGUUUUGCGACGAUAGAUUGAAGAAAAAUGCGGUGAAGAUGAAGGAAGUGUGUGCGGAGAGUGUGGGCGAAGGGGGUUCUUCUUACAAGAAUCUUGAGAUGUUUAUCAAUCAUCUUGUCGAAUAAUGUUGAUGUUGUGUUUUAGUUAACUAUGUUGUUUUAUGCGAUGUUUUUUUUUUUUCUCGUGUAAUUUGUUGUUUGAUUGGCAUAUGUAUCGAUUGUAAUCAAGUACCGAUAAAUAUCGUUCGAUAUUACGAUACAAUAUGAUAUCGGCGAUAUUUGUUUUGGGAGUGACUUCAGAUUUGAUA